CUCUAACCCUGACUCUGGAUGGGUGGAUGGAACGCCCGUCGCUGUUCGAUGCGACGCAGAAGUCACUCUCAGAUCGAGUCGAGUCGGUAUUCUCGACCACCCAGCCACAGACUGGCAUUAGUGCUGCAGCUGCGCAGGUGGACAUGCUGGGGAUGGACCGCUCCACACGUGCAGUCAUGAAGCGAACGAGGGUGCCACGACUGCCCCCAUCGACGUUCUCUCAGAUGCCCUCAACGCCUCUCGUGCGAUGGAACAAUGCUGGCAGUCGUUGCCAGUCCGAAGGUCAGCUUCUUCUGUCUUCGUCAUCGCGGCCGCCCACGCCCGUCAUUGCCGCUCUCAACGAGGCCCUCUCGGAAUGCAUCCUUCCUUGUCCUCCACCGCCCGCAAGACUUCCCCUUGCCUUUUCACCUUCUCGUGUCUUGUCACGACCUCCUCUGCUGACCGCAGUCCGCCCUACUCAUCCCACCGCAUCCCUCUCGCCUGCACACGACUCCCCGCUCGUCCCUAGCUCGUCGCACACGACACCCGCAAGGCCCACCUCCCCAACGCGCACUUCUCUGGAUGCUCUUCGUUCGAUACACACGUCCACAUCAACACAAUUCACUACAUCUCAAUCCGUCUCAAGGUGGUGGUUCCAGACUGAUUGGGAUUCCGCCAGCAAGGAGAGAGCCGCAAGCGUAUUGGAUGAAGAAGAUAGUAAAGAGGACAUCGCCAAGAAUUUCCGUGCACCAAAGGCUCCUCUGGUGUUCUGUCACGGUCUCAUGGGCUUCGACUCAGUCACCAUUGGCCCCGCUAUCGCUCCCCUACAAAUAUCACAUUGGCGUGGCAUCAAGGAAGUACUGCAAGACAAUGGGUGCGAAGUCCUUAUCACUCGUGUACCCGCAACGAGCUCGCCGGUCGACCGUGCCAAAGUCCUGGAGAAAACGAUAUCUGAAACUUACCCUGGCCGUGCUGUUCACCUCAUUGGUGGCGGUAUUGACUGCCGACAUCUUAUCACCCAUCUUACCCAGCGUUCUUUUUCCGUCCUUUCGCUCACUACCAUCGCUACUCCUCAUCGUGGAUCCACCUUUGCAAACCAUUUCCUUUCCUUGGCCAGUGCCCAUCUUCCGGCUGUCCUCGCACUCCUCGAACUUCUUCCAAACGGAGGAGGCGAUGGCAAGGCAUUUGAGUGUCUGACACUGGAAGCUAUGGCAGAGUUCAACGAAAACACACCCGACAUUGAAGGCGUGCGCUAUUUCAGUUGGGGUGCAGAUUAUGAACCAGGACUAUUUGAUACGUGGAAAUAUCCGCAUUCCGUCAUAUACGCCAAGGAGGGUCCAAAUGACGGACUCGUCUCCGUGCGGUCAGCGCGGUGGGGUACCUACCUCGGUACACUGAAGGACGUGAACCACCUCGAUCUCGUCGGCUGGACAGAUGGUAUCGCGGGUGGGCUUGGUCUCCCUACGCUAAACAUCCGGGGAAUGCGAGCAGCGGUCCGCGGGAAGGAGGUCGGAUUCAGCCCUGGGCGGUUUUAUCUGGGUGUAGCAGAUUUGUUAGCAGGGGUCGAAGAGGAAGAGGGCUAUGUUAAGGAUGGUGUUUGGGUCGGGUUGAGAGGGAGGGCCACUCUCAUAGACAAGUUCCGAGAACGAGAAGCACCCAUAGUUGAGGGCACACCCAUCCAACGGAGUUCAUCGGAUAAGGCCAGAGCCAGGAUGGAGGAAGUAUUGCGCCGAACACCCUCCCCUUCCGAAUCCAAAGAUGGCGAAGGUGAAGAGAUGGAUGAAGCUGAAGGUUCUCAGCCAAUGCUUAAAGCCACCCCAUCGCUUGCCGAAGUCUAACGGACGAUCGGACACAUAACACGCGCAAGUUCUCCCGUUCUGCGCCAAGCUCAAGCCUGCUUGCUUGUUAGCUUAGGGUAUGAUACUGGUUGCGCUGCCCAACGCAACAUUCGCUGGCAUGUAGUACGCACUCUCCCUUGUUUCGCGAAGCUUAUCCGGUGGCCAGAGUGCGUGUACCUGGGCAAGCGGCUUCACACGUCACCUCCUCACAUCACUAUGUACAUGCACUAUUCACGACUUACUCGCGGCAUCCACUAACAGUCAAGGCAUACGUGGGCUUUCGCGCCCACAUGGAUCGGCGAAACGACUGAUAUGAUUUACCAUACAGUACACAAUGUAUGUAUAUAAAUGCUUCGUCCGCACCACACUAGAGAGGAGUCACACUACAUAGUAUCUUCUAAUACGAAACUUGCC